AGAUGGUGAAUAAACAGGAAUCGUUGAUGGCAGCUAUAACAUUUUUUGCCAAAGCUCAUGCUGGCGAAGUCUGUGGAAGCAAUGGAUUACCCUUGACACCAAAUUCCAUAGCUAUAUUGGGUAGAUCUCAAAAGCUUAAGGAAUUUCGGCAUCCGAAUUUAUGUCAGUAUUUGGAUGUGAUACGCGGCAAACAUGAGCGAACUGUUGUGGUUUCAGAAUAUCAUGGCACAACUUUGCAGGAUCGAAGUAAAACUAAACUGAAUACUGCUUUAAUAUUGAGGAUUUUUUAUCAAGUGGCAUCGGCCUUGCAGGAGCUAAAUGAACACAAGCUUGUUGCACACAAUCUUGAGCCAAAACAUAUUCUCCUGGACGCCUAUGAUAAUGUAAAAUUGUUCAAUUAUGGUUUAUUUUACAUGACAAAAAGUGGCGAACAUGUUGCCUUUCCAAUUGGAAACAUCAAGUAUAUGCCACCCGAACGUCUGGUGGGCAUUAAGAACAAUUGCAAAAGUGAUAUAUGGUCUCUGGGUAUGAUAAUUGCUGAGUUGUUCUUACAAACUCAGUUCUGGCCAAAUCUUAAAAUUUCAAGUAUAUCAAGAAAAAUUCUAUCCUUCUGUCAGUCUCCAAACGUUUUCGAGAAGAUAGCAAGGGAACAUGAUAAACUUGAAAUUUAUCAAGAACUGGAACCAGAUUUGCGAAACCUCAUAGAACAAUGUUUGGCGGUAAAACCCUCAGAUAGACCAUUACCACAAGAUGUUUUGAAUCAUGCUAUGUUUGUGAACAAUCUCGAUUUGUAUUUGGUGACACCAAAGGAAAAGUCUCCAAAACUUUUGUUACGUAUGCCAUUGGAACAGAUUUACUAUUGGUGGCAAUUAGCUGGCGGAGAUGUACAAGCCGAACUGAAAAAGGAGGGACUUAUUCGCAGUGAAGCUCCGAUUUUAUCCAUACCUCAAGUUGUAUGUUUGAAUGGUAAUAUAGCUGGACCCAAACGUAGUCAGUCGUAUUUAAUGGAUGAUCGUGUUGUAACAUUAAAAAUGCAAAAUCUAUUGGAUCGUUUGAGUAAAAUUCCCGCUAUGGCUUAUUAUCCACUAAUACACUCACCAAAGUUUCCAUAUAAUUUUGGUGCCGGUAUGGAUCAGUUGCCGUUGGUUAUACGUGAAAAGGAUAUCGAAUAUCAGUUUUAUAGAGUGCGAUUAUUUUCCCGUUUGCUGCAGGGUUAUCCUUACACCUCAGACACAAUAAGAAAAGAAGCAGCAGUUGAUAUACCCCCUCUGGUAAGAGGCCAAAUAUGGGCAUGCCUUUUGGAUGUUAUACCAAAUGGAAGUUAUGAAAAAAUCGAUAAAUUUACACCCACCUCAACUGAUCGUCAGAUCGAAGUGGAUAUUCCACGCUGCCAUCAAUAUGAUGAGUUGUUAUCCUCUCCCGAGGGGCAUUUAAAACUGAAACGACUUCUUAAAGCUUGGGUUACCGCCCAUCCACAAUAUGUCUAUUGGCAGGGGCUUGAUUCACUUACUGCACCAUUCCUGUAUUUAAACUUUAACAAUGAAGAGCUUGCUUUUCACAGCGUCUACAAAUUCAUACCGAAAUAUUUACAAUGGUUUUUCCUCAAAGACAAUUCGGCCAUAAUCAAGGAAUAUCUAUGUAAAUUUUCACAAUUGACUGCAUUUCAUGAACCAGUAUUGGCUCAGCAUUUAUCGAAUAUAGCAUUUAUACCGGAGUUAUUUGCAAUACCAUGGUUUUUAACUAUGUUCUCGCAUGUUUUCCCAUUGCAUAAAAUUCUACACUUGUGGGAUAAACUAAUGUUGGGCGAUAAUUCCUAUCCCCUAUAUAUUGGCAUUUCCAUAUUGAAACAAUUAAAAUCUACACUAUUGGCAUCGGGAUUCAAUGAAUGUAUAUUAUUGUUUUCGGAUCUGCCAGAUAUUGUUAUGGAAAAUUGUGUUGUUGAAUCGCAAAAAAUGUACGAGUGUACCCCCAAGAGUAUAGCCCACCGAUUCCAUGUAGUUAGGGAGAAAGAACUUGGACCAUUUGAUAUCACACCAGAUGUCACGCUUGCCCAUUUGCAGAAAGAAAUGUCACCGCGCAUUAGCGCUAAUGAUUUGCAUUUUAUGCUUCAAAAUGAUCCAAACGCUAUGCUUUGCCUUGACAUUCGAAGUGUUUCCGAGUUUAAUCGUGUACAUUUGCCUGAUAGCAUAAAUAUACCAUUUAACAACAUCAAUCUGGAAGAGAAAUCAUUGGAUUCACUAAACGAGCCACUGUUGGAAGAGAAAAUGCACAAUCGUAUAAUAAUUUGUAUAAGCAAUAUCCACGAAAAUGCUGUUCAGUUUUCUAAAUAUCUUGUGGAAUGUGGAGUACCACGAGUUUGUAUACUACAUCAAGGAUUCAAUAUUUUACAUUCAAUAGAACCGAAUGUCUUAGUUUCUAAUUAAACGUAAUUAU